GUUAUAUCUCUGAACCGUGAGUACCUCUCUCACAGAAAGCCACCACUGCAAGCAGAGGCAGCAAAAAACAAAAACACACAAGACAAACGAGGAAAGAGGAAGAAAACAAAAAGCUGCCCCUUAUGGAAGAUAUAAAGGAUUCUACGGUAAAGAGAUUUUGCUCCAAAAAUAUUCUGAUCAUCCUUGGUUUCACCUCUAUCAUCGCUGUAAUAGCUUUGAUUGCUGUGGGACUGACCCAGAACAAACCAUUGCCAGAAAAUGUUAAGUAUGGCAUUGUGCUGGAUGCAGGGUCUUCACACACCAACUUGUACAUCUAUAAGUGGCCAGCUGAGAAGGAGAAUGGCACAGGAGUGACGCACCAGUUAGAAGAAUGUCAAGUGAAAGGUCCUGGAAUCUCAAAAUAUGCCCAGAAAACAGAUGAACUAGGCACAUACCUGGCUGAGUGCAUGGAAAUGUCCACUGAACUGAUCCCGACGGCUAAGCAGCAGGAGACCCCCGUUUACCUGGGAGCCACGGCAGGCAUGCGCUUACUUAGAAUGGAAAGCGAAGAAGCGGCAGACAGGGUCCUGGCUGAAGUGUCAAGAAUCCUCAGCAACUACCCCUUUGACUUCCAGGGUGCCAAGAUCAUCACUGGACAAGAGGAAGGGGCCUACGGAUGGAUUACUAUCAACUAUCUCUUGGGCAGAUUCACUCGGAAACACACUUGGCUAAACCUCAUCUCACCAGAUAGCCAGAAACAAGAGACCUUUGGUGCUUUAGAUCUUGGCGGAGCCUCUACACAGAUCACCUUUGUGCCCCUAAACAGCACCAUAGAGGCUCCAGAAAACUCUCUGCAGUUUCGUCUCUAUGGUGAGGACUACACUGUGUACACCCACAGCUUCCUGUGCUAUGGGAAGGACCAGGCACUCUGGCAGAAACUGGCCAAGGACAUUCAGGUUUCAAGUGGUGGGACACUCAGGGACCCAUGCUUUUAUCCGGGGUACAAGAAGCUCGUGAAUGUGAGUGAACUCUUCGGCACCCCAUGCACCAAGAGGUUUGAAAAGAAGCUACCGUUUGAUCAGUUUCAAAUCCAGGGCGCUGGAGACUAUGAGCAGUGCCAACAGAGCAUCCUCGAGCUCUUCAGCAACAGCUCCUGCCCCUACUCCCAGUGCGCCUUCAAUGGUGUCUUCCUGCCUCCUCUCCAAGGGAGUUUUGGGGCAUUUUCAGCUUUCUACUUUGUGAUGGAUUUCUUUAAGAAGAUGGCAAAAGAUGAUAUCUCCUCUCCAGAAAAGAUGACUGAGAUAAUUAAAAAUUUUUGCUCAAAGCCUUGGGAGGAGGUGAAAACCUCGUAUCCCACUGUGAAGGAGAAGUACCUGAGUGAGUACUGCUUCUCAGGCACCUACAUUCUCUCCCUCCUCCUGCAAGGCUAUCGCUUCACAGGCACUUCCUGGGACCACAUCCAUUUUAUGGGCAAGAUUGAAGACAGCAACGCAGGGUGGACUUUGGGGUACAUGCUGAACUUGACCAACAUGAUCCCAGCUGAAGAGCCGCAAACCCCACCCCUCCCUCACUCUACCUACAUCGGCCUGAUGGUUGUCUUCUCCCUGAUCCUGGUCGCUGUGGCAAUCACAGGCCUGUUCAUCUAUAGCAAGCCCUCAUAUUUCUGGAAAGAGGCGGUAUAGCAGGCGCAGCUGAAGUUUGCUGCCUGGAGUGAGAAAACAACUUGCCCAGGGAGUGUGUUCCUCCCUGCGGGGAGCCCAGAGUCACCCUUCCCUGCCUUCCAGGGACAGUCUAGACCAGCAUGAAGCUUCUGAGGCUUCUCUUGU